AUGCCGUCCGUCAGCAACCCCAACGGACCUUCCAAGAACCGCCUUGCGGCGCGCGCUUCAAAAGCCCGCAAGGAGCGACGCAAGAAGUCCGAGACCCCUAAGGACAAGGUCGCAAAGGCCGACACCACACGAGGCGCGCGAAAGGGCCUUUUGCCUACGAGCGGACCCAGAGCUAAGCUCAGUGCCAAGAAGCAGCGCAAGGUUGAGAAGAGAGCGGCGCACGCUCUGAAGAGAAAGAUGGAGGCCGAGGGAGAGGCUGAGAUGAAGGGCGAGUUAAGAACGAAUUGA